AUGGCGGACAAAUCUAGUUGCUCAACCCACGAAGCAGAAUUCGGUGAUUUCCCCCCUGUAAACCUCCUAAACACACUUAUUUCAUCAUUUCCAAGUGAAUGGCGUGGAAUAUUUGCAGCUUUAAAUUCAGAAUUCUCACCAGUUCAAGCAGCACGAUUUUGGCUUCAGAAAAAGUUGUCAAGUAACAGGUUGUCCGACAUUCCUCCGAACUGGACCGAUUUCGUUAAUCACCUCGCGAGCGAUUUUCCUGUGGUUUUGGAUAAUAGACUAUUUUUCAAACCAAAACUUCUACUUCUUCCAUUGAACAUGCAAAGGAAUACUCUGGCGUUUAUUUUACACCAAAGUAAUGUGUUACCUUCGGAAUCUUUGGAAAAGUUGAUUGUCAGUCUAGAAGAAAUAAAAGAGCUGAAAGAUUGGCGUGCUGCGUACGUUAAUAUUCUCCAGUCAAAAGUGAAUGAUCUGAAGAAAGUGCAAAGGGAAAAACUCAACCGCUCUGACCAAGGUGAUAGAGAAGACAUUAACUUGUUCUAUUUAAAUUGCAUCACGGAAGAGUCAAAAUCUAGGUUUGAUGAGCUUAUUAAGAAGAACCAAAUAGCUGAAUCGUCGCGAAGCAUUCCUUGGUUGAGCCAACAGCAAGUUCAUGAGAUAAGAAAAAGCAACAAGAGUUGGUCAGAAAAUCAUCCUGCCUUACACAGAGACUGUAAAGUUAUUGAUCAAGACAAUGUUGACAUGCUUGAUGUUACAAACAUUUGUACAGAUGAUGUUGAUUUACAAUCUGACACAAAACUGCUUGAAACUUGUUUGGAAGCUCCUCAUGAUUUUUAUGACAAUGAUAUUGAAAUAAAUGAUACUAAUGAAAGUCCUGAACACUGCACAGAUAUAAUAGCUAAAGAUCCACACCUCAAGUUGCCUCUACCCCCGGAACACUGGAAUAUGGAGGCAGAGGAUGUUCCAGAACUCUUGAUCACAGACCAAGAAGCUACAGCUGAAUCUAAACUCUAUCAUGCUCUUCAGCCAAAUAUUUCUGCUUUAAAAAACUUUCUUACUAGCCUGGAAGUAAAAGAAGAAGAUAACUAUUCUUCCAAUGAACUUGAUGUGUUUUCAACAUGCAGCAGUCUUGAAGUAGAAUACAUCUGUAACCAGUUACACAUUAAAGGCCUGCAAGAACCCACUGCAAUUUUUUUGUGUACAAAAUUUGUUGACUUGAAAGCAGAACCAAGUUUUAGCAAUGCAUGUGUUUUUGCCUCUCAGUGUCUUCUUCCUAAAAUACAGGAAUUAAAGCAAGCUGCCUCAAGAGGUCUUUCAAUGGCUGUAACCCUGUUUUCAAAGAAACACUCAAGAGCAUUUUGUGAUGGUGUUGCUGUAAAACUUAUUCAGGAGUCAGAUUUAAACACUCCACAAGUAGAUAUUAUCGGUAAAAUAGUCAAGGAAUGUUUCACUGAAGAUACAAGAAUUCAUUUGAUGGAACUAACAUUUGCAAUCAGGACAGAUAGUCAAGGUCAUCCUUUCACAUGGUCAGAGAAUACUGUCUCUGUUGUACAGACAAUGGUUGAUUUAAAGCUAGAAUUCAGUGGCAAUUUUUUUGGUGUCUUUGCUGGAGUGUUAGAACUACAGUCGUGCCACCUUUCAAAGUCACUUAAGUUUGCAAAAAUGUUGUUAGCAGUGAUAAGGACUUAUGGAAAACUUGUUUCUGCACAUUAUGGCACAUUUCUGCAUAUACUGGAAGUAAAUGGUACCUUUUUAAAGAAAGCAGGAUUGGCUGCACUCCAGAAAGCAGAAAAGCAAUAA